AUGAGUCUACUUCGAUUUCCCAACGAGAUAACUCUCGAAAUCGCCGUCUGGCUCGACAUAUGCGACAUCAAGCACCUCGUACAUUCUUGCCGUCGCUUUGCGCGCCUCCUGCACGAGUACCUCUACAAGCGUGAUGUCUGUGAAAAAAACGCCUUCUCUCUUUUUUGGGCGUGCAAAAACUCUGACCGGAGCGGCCCCGGCUGGCACUAUCAAACAGCCAGCUACGCUAUCGCUGCGGGUGCCGAUGUCAACAUUGCCUGGGCCAUGCCCAAGCGCUUUAUGAGACUGGCCCUCUCACUGAGGCUGUUAUCCGCGGUUAUCUGGGUAUCCUCGCAUUGUUACUUUCGGCUGUUGACGACGCCGACGAGAUGGCUUGCAGUAGAAUCACUGCCAUCUUCCAGGCAGUUUUCUUGCAACAAACCGGCAAUUCUAGAGAUGAUCCUUCGAUCUGACAAGCUUGAUCCGAACAGAGUGUGUGUGAGAACUUUGGCCCGUACCGCUCUCGUCAGAGCCUGUGAACGUGGCAAGCUGAACGCUUCACCAAUCCAAACGGCUAUCGAUGGUGCUCAUUGGGAUGUUGCUUUGUGCCUCAUCAGAUCGGGGCGCCUGCAGCAAGGGCUGUGGGGACGUUACUUCAAGAGUCUCUGUCGCGACGGCAGGGUCGGAGCACUGGGAGUCGCCGAGGAACUAAUUCGGAGGGCAAAAAUGACGAAAAGUAUGGCCUCUCGAUGGAAAAUGGCGGCACUACAAUAUCGGCGCCCGCAGCUUCAGAAGAUUAUCGGCGCAAAGCUUGCGGAGUGGAAAUGGAGGCAGUAA